AUGGUAAAGUCCCAUCUAAUAAUUGUGCCCUGUCACUCACUUUGGAAAAUCGACAAUGGUUUGGAGCCUGGGAACUACGGGCAAUCGUUCAAACAUUGGUUUCUGGCUCCAUUCCAACAUGAAGGCCGUGACCACCUUUCUUUCGUGAUGCACUCGCUCUUGGCGAUCAACGAGCUGCUUGACGAUACCGAGCAUUCGCUUUUGCUUUUUAGCGGCUCUUGUACAAAAAAAGAGGCUGGUACUGUUUCCGAGGCCCAAUCGUACUUCCUGCAUGCACGCAAGCUUCUCAACGCAGUGUCUUAUGGAUUUGACCUUCCCCUGGCCUUUACAAGUCAUGAAGACAUUUGGAAAUACUGCGUUCUCAUCAACAAAAAGAUGAAAAGCCAGAGCCUGACUGUGGAUGAGCUGUUUGCGUCGCACAUCUCCGUCGAAGAAUUUGCCUUGGAUUCGCUGGACAACUUGCUUUAUUCGCUGGUGAAGUUCAGAAGCUUGACUUCGAAUGAUGCAUCGAGAGUUACUAUCUCCGGCUUUGGUUUCAAGAAAACACGCUUUCUUGAACUACACGCGGUGGCAAUUGAUUACCGACCAAGCCAGAUCAAUUACAUCUCAUACGAGCCUCAGCCUAUUUCAAUCGAUCCCAAAGAAUUGGAAGCGUACAAGCAGAACCUUGAGCAUCAGGAGAUGAAUAGCGCACUCAUUCCAUUCAGAGCAGACUGGUAUGCCACCAAGAGCCCUCUAUUGGACAAAAAAUGUCAGCGCAACCCUUUCAAUUUGACACCCGACUAUUCUCUACCUUUCACAAGAAAGGAAAACAUUGAAAAUGACGAGGCCUUCUUCAAAAGUACUAUCGAACACAAAAUGCCUUGGUCCUUAGGUGCUCAAACAUGA